CAAUGCUGUUGCUCCACAAGGGGGGGCUGCUGGAUAUAUGCUUUAGUGCCCAACUGCCUGCCUUCAAACACUGAAUCCAGUUUGUGUGGACAGAGCGGGCGAGGAGAGGAAGACUCCCACUGCCUCGACACGCACCGAGAGAACACCCGACCCGAGCCUGGGCUACUCACCGCACACCUCCCUGGAGCCUUCGCACACCACUUCAGGACUUUUUCUCCGGAAAACGGGACAACCAUUACGACUUGCGGGCUGGAUUAAACAAUAAACAUUUGGGGAAACAGAGUAACAUUAUCAGAAGUGACAGAACAGAAACACACAUUAACAGGAUCCGCUGUGAAUUUAUGGAUGCUUGUUGCUUUUUUCGGUCUUAUGAGCACCUCUCUUCCACUGGAGCAAACAGACCUUCUUUUGUGUCAUUGUUCAAGCAGAUAUUGCCUGUUGAAAGAAUGAAUACACCGAACUUAUUCUGAACAAGUUGGAGGAAUAGUCGAAGGCUUUUUAUGUGCAGACAAACAGAUGGGACAUGCCAACUUUUUGGAGAUCUCUCUGAGGGCGUCUGGCAUCAUGGACAGCAAACUGGAUCAAUGAGCCAAAGUUCCCUCACAUCCUGAGCUGUCGUUUCAGCAAACAUCCGAGAAUAUCAGCUAGUCAACAAAACGAGGCUGUUGAUCUUACGUUAACGGUGCCCAAUAAGAGAUACCUCCAGCCUCACACUUUUCUGCACACCGUUCUGCCGUUUACAGCCAUGAUAUCAAAACUCUUACGGAAUUGUUCAUCGUUGGUCCUGCUUUUGCCUCUUCUCCAACUGCUGCGGCUGGACAUGCUCAACGCUGCCCCCUCUGGUCCGGAGUCUGACACCUGCUCCACACUGGUCCAGAGCCGCUUCUUUGGAUUCUUCCUCUCGUCUUCGGUAUUUCCCAGCACGCCCUGCUCCUGGACCCUGCAGAACCCCGACCCACGGCGCUACACCAUCUUCAUCAAGGUCACAAAACCAUCUAGGGACUGCAUUCCCCGACAGCACCGGACCUUCCAGUUUGACUCCUUCUUGGAGACGACACGAACCUUCCUCGGGAUGGAGAGCUUCGACGAGGUGGUGAAGCUGUGUGAUGCCUCUACCCACGUUGCCUUCCUGGAGGCCGGAAAACAAUUCCUGCAGAUCCGGAAAGGGCUGCCCAGAGCGGGUGCUGGAUCCAGGAACGGCGAUGGGGAAUUUAAGGUGGAGUAUCUCGUAGUUGGGAAGCGUAACCCCAGCAUGGCUGCCUGUCAAAUGCUGUGCCAAUGGUUGGAGGACUGCCUGACCUACAGUACCUCCAACCGGCCCUGUGGCAUCAUGCAAACACCGUGCCAAUGUUGGGACCAGCCUCCGCCAGACAAAGAAACCAAUGGGUGCUAUCGGGACGGGGUCUACUUGGAAAACUGCAUCCCUGUUGUGAAAGAAGUAACAGCUGACACUGACACAAGCGGUGGCUGGAGUGUGUGGGGCAACUGGGCAGAGUGCAGCAGCGAAUGUGGAGGCGGAGUCCAGACGCGCACACGCACCUGUCAGUCACCACCUGAGGAGGCGUACCUGUGCGAGGGCAUUCUGGAAGAAGGUCGUCCCUGCAACUCUCAGCCGUGCAUCGGCACAGGCCGACUUGGCACUCGUAGCCAAUCCCUGCGCUCGGUGGACAGCCGUAAGCGAGAGGACUCUGAUAAGACCCGCAGCGGACAGCAGUCUUCCCAAACAGUGGAUCCUACGUCGGGUGGGGAGUGGUCUGUGUGGAGCGCGUGUUCGACCACGUGCGGUGAGGGCUGGCAGAGCCGCACUCGCUUAUGUGUCUCCGUGCCAUACAGCACGCAGUGCAGCGGACCGCUGCGUGAACAGAGACCCUGCAAUAACACUCUUGUGUGUCCAGUGCAUGGGUCGUGGGAUGAGUGGACUCCAUGGAGCUUGUGUUCUUCAACGUGUGGCCGUGGAUACAGGGACCGCACUCGCUCCUGCAAGAAGCCGCUGUUUGGAGGAAGCGACUGCGAAGGUCCAGAGAAACAGACCAAAUUCUGCAACAUUGCUGUAUGCCCAGUGGAUGGUGUGUGGAAUGAGUGGUCCAGCUGGAGUUCCUGUUCCUCGACCUGUUCAAAUGGAACAAUGCAGCGCACUCGGGAGUGUAACGGGCCCUCGUAUGGGGGCCUAGAGUGUCAGGGCGAGUGGCGUCAGACAAGAGACUGCUUCCUUAGAGAGUGUCCUGUGGAUGGUCAAUGGCAGCUCUGGAGCUCUUGGGCUGGUUGUACCAAAACAUGUGGUGGAGGAAGCCAGCAAAGACAGAGAGUGUGUUACGGUCCUUUUUUUGGCGGGGAGCCGUGCCCAGGGGACAGAGAGGAAGUUAGACGUUGCAAUGAGAAGAGAUGUCCAGAGCCGCAUGAGAUCUGUGACGAGGAGAAUUUCUCUAAUGUUGUGUGGAAGAAAACUCCUGCAGGGGACACUGCAGCUGUCCGCUGCCCUCCGAAUGCUGUAGGAUUAAUUCUUCGGCGAUGUUCGUUGGAUGAUGAGGGCAUUGCGUACUGGGAAAACCCAACGUACAUGAAAUGCGUCUCAAAUGAUUACCGAAGUAUCCAAACACUGACCAGAGAUCACCUGUCCAAGGCUCAACGAGGGCUUGUAGGAGACGGGGUCUCUGAAGUCAUGACCAAGCUGAGAGUGACGUCUAGUGAUGGAACAAGCUACAGCGGAGAUCUUCUGGCUAUCAUAGAUGUACUGAAAAACAUGACAGAGAUAUUUAGGAGAUCCUACUACAGCCCCAGUAAUGCAGAUAUGAGGAAUUUUGUGCAGUCUGUGAGUAACUUACUGAUGGAGGAAAACAGGGACAGGUGGGAGGAAGCACAACUGCUUGGGCCCAAUGUUAAGGAGCUUUUUCGUCUAGUGGAGGACUUUGUGGACGUCAUAAGUCUCCGCAUGAAGGACUUCCAGGAUACUUAUGAGGUCACCGACAAUCUCGUGUUGAGUAUUCACAAGCGGCCUGUCGCAGGAAAUGCAGAUAUCACUUUCCCCAUGAAGGGGUGGAGGGGGAUGGUGGACUGGGCUCGCAACUCUGAAGACAAAGUCAGAGUGGCUAAAAACAUUCUAGUCACUGGAAAACCAGAUGAAGAUGACGCCUCAGCCUUUGUGACUGGAAUCGUGCUGUACAGAAACUUGGGCAGUAUUCUCUCUCUACAAAGAAAUAGCACAGUGCUGAACUCCAAGGUGAUCUCUGUGACAAUCAAACCCACUCCCAGCUCCCUCUCAACUCCACUAGAGAUUGAGUUCUCACACCUUUACAAUGGUACCACAAACCAAACCUGCAUUUCCUGGGAUGAGAAUGACAGCUCGUCGUUGCUGGGCUCCUGGUCUGCGCGAGGCUGUAGAGCCGUGCCCGUCGACUCCAGCACAACCAAAUGCUUGUGUGACAGACUCUCCACCUUCGCCAUUUUAGCACGCCUCAAUCCCGAUGUGAACAUGGAUAAGACCCAGCUUCCAUCUGUGACUCUGAUCGUGGGCUGCGGGGUCUCGUCCCUCACCCUGCUCCUCCUCAUCAUCAUCUAUGUGUCCGUUUGGAGGUACAUCCGCUCAGAACGCUCUGUCAUCCUCAUCAACUUUUGUCUGUCCAUCAUCUCCUCCAAUGCACUCAUACUCAUCGGACAAACUCAGACACGGAACAAGGUUGUUUGUACUCUUGUGGCUGCAUUUCUACACUUCUUCUUCCUGUCCUCUUUCUGUUGGGUUCUUACGGAGGCAUGGCAGUCUUACAUGGCUGUGACUGGCCGUCUUAGAAACCGCAUCAUACGCAAGCGUUUCCUCUGCCUUGGUUGGGGUUUACCUGCUCUCGUUGUAGCAAUUUCUGUUGGAUUCACCAAGGCAAAGGGAUAUGGCACUGUUAACUAUUGCUGGCUGUCUCUGGAAGGCGGACUGUUGUACGCAUUUGUGGGACCAGCUGCUGCUGUCGUCUUGGUUAACAUGGUUAUCGGGAUUCUGGUUUUUAACAAACUGGUGUCUAAAGAUGGCAUAACUGAUAUGAAACUCAAGGAGAGGGCCGGGGCGUCGCUGUGGAGCUCCUGCGUUGUACUGCCACUGCUGGCUCUUACUUGGAUGUCGGCGGUCUUGGCAAUCACUGACCGCCGUUCAGCCUUGUUUCAGAUCCUUUUUGCCGUCUUUGACUCCCUCGAGGGGUUCGUUAUCGUGAUGGUGCAUUGCAUCCUACGCAGAGAGGUUCAAGAGGCAGUAAAGUGUCGUGUUGUUGAUCGUCAAGAAGAUGGAAACGGUGACUCUGGUGGAUCUUUCCAGAACGGCCAUGCUCAGCUGAUGACCGACUUUGAAAAGGAUGUGGACAUGGCUUGCCGAUCAGGCACCCUAAAGCGUCCCUCCCAACAAGGUGAAGAGAAGGUAGCUUCACAACAGAUCACGGUACAAAAAGGCUCCAACUUCAACACCCUUCCUGCGAGCAUGGCUAAGGUUCACCUGCAAAACGUCGCCGACUACGCCAGCCACACUCUCACCAUGCGUCGCGACAAAGGCGGCAUUGCCGGGGUCAGUACAGAGCUACCCGGAGCUAAAUCUAUUUACAUCUGUGAUGGCGAGCUGUUCAAACAACUUGACGGAGCCCCGGGAGACAGCAGCGGUCCCGAAGGAGGAGGCGGCGGAGGAGGGUCGGGUCAGGGUUACGUGCUCUUGCCCAAUAACAACAACACCCUUAGGCCCGCAAAGGGCGGUAAGGACGACCAAGCAACCAAGUACAACAUCAGCAUUGAACAGUUACCCCAGACCAGGCUCAUCCACCUGGCCAACCCCGCUGGCACCGAUCCUGUGCCAGGCUUCGGGUUGAAAAGCCUUCCUACCGACCGAGUCAGCGUUUCCUGCUCAGAAAGGGAUUCCCCGGUGCAGACAGUGCAGAACAUCUCCAGCGAGUCCCAGAUGACAACCACAUGUGAGCAAGGGGACUCUGGGAACUCUGGGAUGAUGUCUAAAAGCGAGACUGUCUCCACACUGUCUAUGAGCUCUUUGGAGAGACGAAAAUCACGCUAUGCAGAGCUGGACUUUGAGAAGAUCAUGCAUACACGGAAGCGCCACCAGGACAUGUUCCAGGACUUAAACAGGAAGCUGCAGCAUGCAGAGAAGGACAGAGAUUCUCCCCCCAGUGGAAGGGAAACUGGGAAGAGAUGGAGCGUGUCAUCAGGAGGCAGCGAUAAAACUAAUCUUAGUGACAAGCAGCAGACUCCCAGUAAGCGGGCGUGGGAGGGCAUCAGGAAGACCCACUCGCCCCCAUCAUGGGUGCGUAAGGAGCUGGAGCCCCUACAGGCCUCUCCUCUGGAGAUGCAAGCGGUGGAGUGGGAGAAGGCCAGUGCCACCAUCCCUCUGGUGGGCCAAGAGAUCAUGGACCUGCAGACGGAGGUCUGAGCGACCCCCAAAGCAUUCAGAGAAACAGAACAAACUCUACUCGCAGGGAAAAGGGACAAAGAGAGAGAAUGAGAUUUGAGCAAGAGUGCGGACAAACAAAAA